GCGCGCAGAGCCCGGCCCGUGGCCCAGCGGCACAGGGUCCCCUGCGGCAGAGGCGAGGCGUCCUGGCCUGCGCCAGCCGGGCCGGCUUCGGGGAUCGCCCGGCCCGGCCUCGGGCCACCGCCGGGUCUGCGGGUCUGCAGGUCGAGGGUGGCAUGGGCACCCGCUGCCCCAUUUACCCCCGGCCCUCCUCAGCCCUGACUCCGAAGCCACACUCCCUCUGGGGCCGGGCACCCCUCUCUCCUGAAGCAAGUGCUCAGCCAGCUCACCUGUGCGCACCUGUGUCCCCCGCAAGCCAGGUCCAGACUUGGGCUCCAGCACCAAGGGGGCGUCCAUCAGCCUGGGACGUCAUCUCCACUCGGCCCCGAUGCCGGUGGCUCACAUGCGGUGGCAUCACUUUCGGGGUCACCGAGUCUGUGGGCCCCGGUGAAGGGGCCAUGCCCGUUCCCCGGCCUCUGCCGCAUGGCUCUGAGGCUGUGACCUCUCUCCUCGGGAACCCAAAACGACCUCUGGGGACAGGUGCGGGGCCAGCUUCCCAGGCUGUGGACUGGACAGUCCCCCAGGACAGCAAGAAAGCCAACGUGCCGGUGUUCACCUUGGACGCACAGCCUUUGGGUCGGCUGCUGUUUGUUUUCUCUGCUUGGAGCGUCAGGACGCGGACCUAUUUAGGGAAGGCGUUGCUUCCCAAAGAUGGAUAAUGACAGUAAUUACAUCUGGCCUGUCCUGCGUCUUCCGGCCCCACGUCUGUCUUCAAUGAAGUAAAGAAGAAUUAAAAGCCAUUUUCUGGAAUGAAA